AUGUCGCAGCCAUUGCCAAACCCAAACACGUUACUACCGUUGGAACUUGUAGAUAAAUGCAUCGGUUCCCGAAUUCACAUAAUAAUGAAAAAUGAUAAAGAAAUGGUUGGAACACUUCAAGGGUUUGACGACUUUGUAAAUAUGUUAUUAGACGAUGUAACAGAGUAUGAAUCAACACCGGAAGGACGUAAAAUAACUAAACUGGACCAAAUACUUCUUAAUGGUAACAAUAUUGCAAUGUUAGUUCCUGGAGGAGAAAUGCCUGGUGAAUCAUAUGAAGCUCAAUAA